UACAGAGUUUCCUGAACUGAAACACAGGAGAGUCAGAUCACAUCAGAACCAGUUCAGACCCACUGAGUUGGACCUCAUGGACCAGAAGAUGUUCAUCAGCCCCCCACAGCCCCCCACAGGCAGGGAGGAGAGAGUUAAGUUUGCGUAUGCAGAGCUGCAGCAGCACCGCUCUGAAGGUGUCCACAGGAAGCCGUCUCCUGUGUCCAGCUAUGUCCCCCCACCGGAUUACUUGGAUGAGGAAGAAGACUUGAUUAAACCCAAGAAGCUUGUGAAUCCUGUCAAAGCUUCCAGAAGUCACCAGGAACUUCACCAAGAGCUGCUGAGCAG